ACGGCAGUUAAUCUUAUCAUUUCUCAACGGACAGCGUUAGAGCGGAGAAGUCAACAGAUAAUGGAAUCUAAACUACCGCCGCCGUCGCCGUCGCCGUCGCCGCCGCGGCUUCUCCGCCGUCUAAUCGACUUCGAUACACAGCUCUCACUCCGUCUCUACACCCUAACCCACCCAAUCCUGCCCCACUCCAUCCUCAAAACACUAGAGAUCUCCGGCGACGGUCGCCUGUUCUUCCCCGUCAUAAUCUCAAUCCUCCUCGCUACCUCCGCCGCCGCCGCCUUCCUCGUCGAUCUGCUCCUCGGCGCCGUCCUAGAUUUAGCAGUGAUCGGCAUCCUCAAGCACCUCAUUAAGAGAUCUCGACCUGUGUACAAUAAGAACAUGUUCCUCUCCUUCGCCGUUGACCACUGGUCCUUUCCUAGCGGACACUCGUCUCGAGUUUUCUUCAUCGCCACUAUGUUCUACUUGUCGUUUGAUCUCGUGCAAGGAUUUCUACUCGAUCUGAGAUACGACAUUUUUGCGGAUCACUUCGUUUACAUCAUCGGAGCUUGGGCGAUGGUCACAUCGGUUUCCAGGAUUCUCCUCGGCCGCCAUUUCGUGCUCGACGUGGUCGCCGGAGCCUGCUUGGGCGUUUUAGAAGGAUUGUUCUCGUUUAGGUUUUUCAAUUAUGAGAAAUUAAGCUCAUUCUUCAAAUGACCAUUCACCAAACUGUAAGCUUUAUCUUCUUUCAGCAAUUUUUCUUGCCAUUGAAUUGCUCGAUCUUAUCCUGCUGUUGUAGAAUUAUGAAUGUAUAAUUUAAUGGAAAUUUUCUAGCUUUGGUGGUCCA